AUGUUUCGGGACAGAACUAAUCUGUUUUUGUCAUAUCGCAGAACAUUUCCGCGAAGCUACCAGCGUCCCAAGAGUAAUGACACUAAUUCAUUUUUCGACAUAGAGGAUAGUGGGCUGGAUGAGACUCACCCAAUGAUCGACAUGAGAGACGCUGCGCAAAGUCCGUCGUCUCUUUUCGUUGAGCCUACUGAGGAGAUUGACCGCAAUCUGGAACAGGUGGAGCCGCGUAUGCUGCAAUUGACGAGAUUGUAUCGCAAGAACUCCCUCCCCGGAUUUGACGACAAGACCGAAGACGAGCAAGAAAUAGAAGAAUUAGGUCUACAGAUCAUACAGCUUUUUCAACGAUGUUAUUCUAUUAUGAAGUCAUUGAAAGCUUCGAGCUCUUCAGGGAUAUUUCAGGGCCAACAGCUUAAUCAGGGUAGUCUCAUAGUCUUGAACAAUUUGGAAAAGAAUUAUGCUAACAAAAUCCAGCUCAGUUCUAAUAAAUUCAGGGUGUUACAGAACAAUUAUUUGAAGUUUCUUAACAAAGACGAUUUCAAGCCAUUACCGAGCUCAUCUACUGAUGCCGAUACCCUUCUCGUCUUAGAAGAGGAAGAAAAGGGCGGUGCAACACAACAAGAAAUCGAUAGCUAUUCGAGGCAGACUUUGCAACGACAAAGUCAAAGACAAACGGAUGGAAAAAAUGCUCAAUUUUUGCGGGAACGAGAGGAAGAAAUAACACAGCUAGCCCGAGGAGUUCUAGAGGUAAGCACAAUUUUUCGGGAAAUGCAAGAUCUGGUCAUCGAUCAAGGCACUAUUAUAGAUCGAAUUGACUAUAAUUUGGAAAAUACGGUGACAGAGCUCAAAGGAGCUCACCGCGAACUUGAGAGAGCGACAAUUUACCAGAAAAGAACUCAAAAAUGUAAAGUCAUAUUUUUGCUAUCACUGGUGGUUAUGGCGCUAUUUUUUUUCGUAAUGCUAAAGCCCCAUAAUGGAAAACAAAGAGAUGGCUCCAGAAAACAACCAAACCCUCAAGACCCAGCAAGCAAUGCAGGACAUGAUGUUAGUUCCGAAGGGGCAUCGCGAACGUAA